CCCAGCUGCAAUAGCGCCCCCAUCCCUGUGGAAUUCCCUAGCAAUGGCCGCCAGUCAGAGUCAUUGGUCUCCAGGCAGCCGGCCGGUAACCAGGCUGGAGCGCGUUGUGGGCUGACUUUCCUUAGUCCCCUCCCUGGUAGGUGUGUUUGUGUCUCUCCCAACCGCGUCCCUAGGCCUGGCUCUUAUUUUCCUUUACUGCCGCGCCAAUUCCCGGGCUUGAGGCUGGAACACCACAGAAAGGGAAAGCGGAGGGAUACCGAAUAAGGAAGUGAGAAGAAUCACACGACUGUAUCGUUCCGCGACGGAAACGACGGAAGGAUGAUGUCCCAUAUAACACAGUCUGGGGGUAUUUGGUGAGAUAUUUCCAUAACCAUGGAGGUCUCUUUUGAAGUUCUUGUAUCUACUAACAUCAAGAGGAAGAAGCCUUCCCCAAAACUCUGCUGGCUGGGAAAACAAAAAGAAGCAGUGUUUCUUCAUGAUGAUAAGUAUCUAAGUGAACUUAACCUCCAAUCAGGAAGAGUGAAGAAGGCACCACCUCGACUACAGGCCGUGCUCAAGAAGAAGAGCAUUGUGACUCUCAGUACUUCUCUAAAUGGGAUCUAUGUGGCAGGCUUGCUUUUAUCUGGGGAAUUAUUUAUUUGGAACAAAGAUCUCGAUAGCCUCCAGACAGUCCCAGCUAAUGAAGAGGUAACCAACCUAAUUGCAGCUGUACAAGAACUUUCCUUGAAGCUCUAUCUGUUUAUAUCGGGAGAUGGCAAGAAAGUGCUCCUCGUUACCCUCACUGGUUCUGUGUUCCUGUGGGAAAGCACUGAAAGGGACACGCUGCUUAUUUCUUCCAAAUGUCCAACUUUAAGCAGAUGGACAAAGAUUCAACCCUGUGACUCUGCACUGUUUCCCGGCACAACAGAUAAAGACGCUACAGUGAAUGCAAUCUUUGUGAAGAAUGAGAUUCUUGGUGAUAGCCUUCUAUGCUCAUUUGCCUUUUAUUCUGGCCAGCGGCUCGUGAUGACUUUUCUGACUUUGCGCUGGUAUGAAGACGAUCAGCGGUGCAUUAGUUCAUUACCGUACCAUAUUCGAUGGGCACAACAGGAGUGCUCUGUCCAGAACCUUGUCCCAUCUUGUCAAGCAGUGAAGUCAAGAGGAGCACUGGUAGCCACAUUCUCCAGGGAUGGUCUAGUUUUAGCCCUAACCGUUAAUCAAAGGGACCCUAAGGACACCCAAAUCUUGUUUAUCAAUUCAAUGAAUUUUACCACCAUUUCUGGGCACCUGAGGGGCUGCAGCAGCAAGGAUCAGAAUAUUCCAUCCAAACUUUUAAGGUCCUACUGGGUUGGGGAUAUGUCUUGGACAGCCGACAGUCUUUUUCUGGCUUGUUUGUUAAAACGCGGAACCCUUGUCUUGCUGACUCGAUUAGGGGAGAUCCUGACGCUGACAACUUUUGGUUGUUCUGUUGAAUUCGGACCUGCAGAGUUCAUUCCACUUCACCCUUUGAUUACAUACAGAUCUCCAUGGACUCUACUGGAUUCCCAGGAUGCCAAUAAUUCUCUUGGUUCAUGUGCGUCCGAUGCUGACAUAAUGAGACAGAGAUAUUCCGUCACCUGUCACCCACGCUUGCCCUAUCUCAUUGUUUCCGAUGGAUACAUGGUUACUGCACUUCGGAUUGCAAAUAAUCUCACGCCAUAUUCCUUUGUUAAAUCACUACUGCUGGAUUCAGCUCAAAGACUGGAGAACAUGAGGCAAACGAUGGAGCUAGGGAAGCCAAAAAACAAUGGCAUUAAACUUAGGCCGCUGUCCUCAUUAAAAGCACAUUUACUGAAAGAUCAUGGAACUGCAUACGCUGCAUCGUCUACCAUUCCAGGCUUUUUGCAAGCAGAGGAGGAAAAUGUACAAUCUGUUGAAUUAUCAACAAUACAGGACGAGGAAGAAGACUCAGAUGAUGAUUUCCCAAGAUAUUCUGUUCCCUGUGAUUCCUUUGGACAUGCUGAGCAGGGCAAGCUCGAGUUUGCCUCUAUGUUUGACACUAUUCAUGCCAGAGAAAUGAAUGAUGGACAGAAUGCCAUAUCCAGUGACAUUCAUCUCAUUCAGAGAAGCCUCCACACUGCUUGGACAGUGUGUGUGACCAUGAGACACCUUGAAGAGAAGGAAUCAUUGUUACAGUAUACAGUCGGGUGCCUAUCACAUUUCUUGUCUGUUCUUCAGAGUUUCUACUGUACUUCUGUAAAGUCCGAUACAUUAUCAAAACGGAAGGGAAAUGUCUGUAUUGUGUUCCUCCGUGUUUUCCAGCAGUGCCUGACAGUCUUGCACUGGGAUGUGAUAUCACCAAUGUCAUUUAAACACAUUGUAAAACUUACUACUGAAACCACCAAAAUGAUCCUUGCACAGCAAGACCAGCUCUAUACCAGGAGGCUGCUUCAAAGUGUGUGUUUGCUAAAGAUGGUUUCCCAGCAAUUAAACGCUAUAUAUCACCAUCAGUAUGAGACGCUCUCUAUCUCACCUACGGGGAGCAUUAAGGCAAUCCUUGAUAUAUUAUACACUCCAGCUUUUGAAAUGGUUGAUCAGCCCCCUAAAGGCUUUUCUGCAUGUUCUAUAGUCAAACAACCACCGGAAUCUGUAAAACUCAGCAUGAAGUCAGAGAAAAGACUUGCAGUCUUAUGGAGGCUUCUAUAUAACAGGUCUCUUUGUUAUCAGAGCUAUUUGAGACAACACAUCAGCUCAAAUCCAACAGAGAAAAUCACCAACAAAGUUAACUGUGAGCAACAAGCAGUAACAUCGCUGAUCUGUCAUAUCCAGGCUGAACUUCAGGCUGCAGGACAGGGGCUGGACCAAAGCCUCCAUCUUCUGCCUGUGACUGGGGAAGAAUGUUUCCUGCUUGGAUCAUACAAAGAAUCAGUGGACUACUGGAGAAGAGCGUUAGUAGACAUCAGUACCCAAGGUGGGAGGAGAGCCAGUUUACUACAGACGCGAUAUUACCUAUCACUACUCUACUGCCACCUCUAUAACUACAAUCUAAAUGAUGCCCAAGGCAUGUGUGACCAGCUUGUGGGAGAACUACUGAGGAAAUCCAAUCUACUUACAGAGGCACCUGAGGACCUUGAACAACAGCUAUUUGAUGAUCUUCACCCUGAAGCGGCAUUGGCUGUGAUCCAGUCUAUGGGCAGAUUCAUGGCUGCAUAUUUCACUAACCAGCAGCUCUAUGUCUUUCCUCCACACAACGUCCACAUAUUGCUCCCUCUUUAUGGUGCUUCAGAACGGCAUCCUCGAGUAGUCGCUCUGCAGCACAGCAUGGUUGCCAGUGUGGUUAGAGACCAGAAUCUGUCUUGCGUCUGGACGGUGGAAUAUGCUCUUGACUUGCUUCUGGUUGGUGGAUUGGUGCCAGAGGCUGUGUGGCUAGCAAACAAACUCGGAGACUGGAAGAUGUCCGUUUCUAUGGGGGUAGCUUAUAACCUGUACAUCGAAAGCAUUCCUGAUGAGUCUGAAAGAAAAGAGUUGUCCUUACCACCGACCCUGACUCCAGCACAUAUAUUUCAGGAAAAAUUACAGGCGUUCCUGGGAAGACCUCCGAGUCUCACCGCUGCGCCUAAAGAUGGCAACAUAUCAAAAGAAUUUACUGAUCCAAUUGAGGAAGAAGAUGCUGAUCUGCUCUUCAGCUCAGUACAAGAGAUGUUAAAGGCAGCCAUAAUGGCUGAUGCGGAAAUCCUUACAGAAACGCUCCAUCAGCUGAUGGACUCUGCCAAGGAGCUUAGCAGAAGGCUAGCGGAUUUAGUUCCAGACAAGCUUUACCUUCCAGCACCACCUCUGUACUGUCCGCAGCCAGCUUCAGUCAGUGAAGAUGAUCACAGAGAUUUACAAUUUGAAGCAGAAAAACACACACGGCAGAAGCUUUCUGGUGUUCUACAGAGAAUCCUAUUGAUUUUGCGGGCGGCUCACUGCUCGGUGCCUGCUGCCCAGUGGUAUAUUAAGCAGUUAAAGCGUGCCAGAAAAUUCUUGCAAAAGAUUCGUGCUAAAUGCUCUCUUCCUCCAUUAAAUGCUCUUCCUGAGUCCCUACUGAAUUACUCCAACAGCAGCAAAGUGUUUUUUAAAGCCAGUGAUCAACAAAAGGACCACAUUUCAGCCAGCAUCGUAGGCUGCUUUAGAGAACUAUGUGCCCUGUGUUGGAUGCUUCACGUGCGGGAGAGACUAUCUUUUAGCUGCAGACAGUACCAGAAAGCAAGGGAUAAUGGCAAACUAUUUAAGAGUGCAGAUGACUAUGACGCCUGUGUUACUGAGCGCUGCUUUGAGGCUCUGGAUUGGGCAUGCCGAAUGCUCCCGUUCACCCGCAUUAUAAACUGUGAAGAGCUGAUUCAGGAUAUCAUUCUGAGCCUUGUCAGUGAGUUGCCUCCUGUAAGGAAGGUUGCAGAAAUUUUGGUCAAAGCUUUCCCUCACCCUGAGGAUGUCCGUGUGCAACUCCGGGAGAAAUACCAGUCUGUUCAACAACGUCUAAGGCACUCCACAGUGAAGGGACCUCACGGGGAAGAAAUGAUGUCUGUUGUUAUUCAUAAUGUUCAGAGAGUGCGUCUGAAAAUGCUAAAGCGUAUACAGAGGAACAUAGGCCCAGUAGAAAUGCACGUCUGGGAAUCAGUCUUCGGAGAUACGUCUGAUGAGGAGGUACAAUGCUAUGACCAGUUGUCAUUGGGCACCAGCCUGAGCAGGAGCACCAUCACUGAUCUGGCCCGGCCACAAGUUUAUAGCGAUGCCGAUACUCUCUCAGAAGCCUUCACACUUCAUGAUUCAGAUGAGAGAAGUGAGCGUCACAUCGCAAAAGGCUCAUUUGUAAAGAGGCCAAGGCAAAGAAAACCAGAUAAAGAACAGAAAGCUGAAGAGUCCACAGAUAAUGUAACCAUUUUUCCUACUGUUGGCACCUGGGAAUUUGAGUGUGAGGAUGAAGAAUACAUUACCUUCUUAGAGCUGUUUCUGAGUUACCUCCUGGAAAAAGAUCUUCAUUGCAGUGAACCUGGGAUCCCUUUCCUCAGCACUUUCUGCAAUCAACUUAGAGAAAAUGAGCUAAAUUGUCUUGUGUUUGAUGUCCACACGACACUAAAACGCAGGCUGGGUAAAGCCAAAAUCCAGAGUGUGUUCCGAGCCGGUUGCUCCUAUGCAGUUAAUAAAGAGCCUUGGAAUGACUCAGACAUGUUACAAGGUACAUCAUUGUCUCAAGAUAACAAGACAUCUGACUUUAUCCCGAAAUUCUCUUCAACUGUCAUUCUAGACAAGCCAAAAGACACAUCAAAUAAACUCUUUUGCAAAUCAAAAAUGAGUCACUCGGGCAAAAGGGGAUUAUUUGGUUUGAAAGAACAAAGAAAAGCCAAAUAUGAUAAAGAGGUAUCGGAUGUAUCAGUUAAUGUGCCCGCACACAAUUCAUAUCACUACAGAGUAAUCCAUACUGGUCACUUUAAACCCAGUGAAGAGCUUGGAAUGGAACUGAAAGCCAAAUUUGGCAAUGAGGAGAAGUUAGUGGAGUGGAUGAUCAGGUGGUCAGACAGGAGGUUGUUUUGGACAGCUGGUAAAGCGGAAUUAUUUCAAGCUCACAGUUCUGCUAUCCGGGUGAAAGCCACCUCAGCUGCUAUCCUCACAUCCAUUUGGCUCUUAGAGAAACCUUAUCUGGGAGGUGUCUUCAAACAAAAUGAAAGGACUAAGGUUCCUCCACAAGAAUUCAUUGUUGCCCCAACUUUCCAAGAAGUUGUAGAAUCAGAAUUACAAGAGGAUUCUAGUUUACAUGUCAGUCACUUGCAGACCGAGACAGACUCUGUUCCAGCUAUGGAUGGGCCAGACCAAGUACUUACAGAGCAAAAUCUUUCUAGUGCCUCUUCAAAUGUGACCAGUAUUAGCAAAGAGAGCAGAUCUAAGAGGGACCAUAUAACUGCCACUAAGGGGCUAUACGCGGAUUACCAUAAACCAACAGUGGAUGCCAUUGUUCAUCUGGAUGAAAUUCCAUCAGAAACAGAAGAAGAGCAAGAUGACCAACUUGAUACACAAAGAAGCCCUAAUAUCUCAGUAUCGAUAAGAACCACAAAGCAUCAUAUGGAGAAGCUGCCCAGUGACGUUGAUAUUAUAAUACAGGAGCCUGAAGCACAAAACCAGCCUCUAAAUGGGAGAUCAGAGAGAGCAGAGCCAGCCUUGUUUUCUGAUAUUGCCCCUGCUGACCCCCAAACAUUGUCCAGUGCAGCGAGCGUUCCUCCCGUAGAGACAAGCACAGCCCAGCAGACUUUGCAUGGUGGAGAUCAAGGAGCAUCAAACACAUCAGAAGCCGUCAGGCAGUUAUUCCAAGAUGAGAUGUUUCGGCUUCUGCAGCUUCAGCAAAUCAACUUCAUGAGUUUAAUGCAAGUUGUUGGCUCCUCCUUCGCCGCCCUACCAGGCCUGCAUCAAGUUCUGCAGCAAACUGCUCAGAUAGGAAGAAGCCAGAUGGGGCAUGCAGUGGAAGAGCAUUUUACUCCGCAGUCCCAAACUGCUUUACCUACACAGGUCCCACCUUCCAAUAGCCAUCCAGCAGUGCAAAGGCAACCUGAUUUGGGUGUGGAGAACCCAGACAAACAAUGCAGUGCGUCAGACAGGGAAAAGAAUGCUGGGGAGCUACAGGGAAACAAGGAAAAUAUACAGACCCUUCCAGAGUUGAGCAUCCCCUUGAGACAAGUCCGCAGUGGAGAAGAGACCCCAGCAAAUCCGCGUGUGCCAACUGCUGAACCCAAUCCCAGUUUGCCUCUUCUUUCCUUUCCAGUUGUACAAAUGUCUCCUACCCACCACCCCACCCCAAGAGUUCUGACUGAUCUUAAUGGACUACCCCUUCUAAAACUACAACCUGAACCAAAAUUUUUACCCCUGCAUCUAAUUUCAAAUCACAGCGCCCAAGAAUUGACGAGGCCUAGAGUUGCUGCUCCACGGGAAGCCUGGGUGCUUCCUACUCGCAGAAUGAGGGAUGAGGUCCAAGUCUAUCAGCACCACCACCACAAUAAAGGCAAAGCCAUGAAAAGAGGAGAGGACAGAAACAGGAAGUGGCCUGAAACCAUUCAUAAAGGACAUUCAGCACCAAUGUCUGUGAAUCAGGCCCAUCCGCAGGCAGGAGUCACUGCUCACUUGCUUAAUCAGAAGCGACAAGGCAAGGAAACAAGACAGCAAGAUAUAACAUGGAGACAACAAAAAGUUGGGAUUCCUUUACUUCAGCUAAAGCCUUGUUUUCCACCGAUAUUCACACCUGAUAUCAGAGUAUCCUCUCAUCUUAAAGCAAAGUCAGACCAUGGUGCUGCAUUACCCCAAGCUCCUAUAACUCUUCUGAAAGCCAAUUUACCCCAAAAUCCAGAGUGUUUUCCCAUGAGCCUCACACCUCAGCUUAUCCCUCUGAAAAAUGUUACUGAAUAUGAACGGAGCAUAAAGCAAGACCUGCGGGCCACUAGGGGCGGUGCACUUCAGCUCCUACAGGCGAACAUUGAACCUUUUGAAGAAGUGGUGAAGCUUGGAGACAGCAUUAAAAGACAAAAAAGACGCUCUCGAAAACAGAAAGAUGAGAAAGCAGAUGCCAAGAAAGAGAGAAAAGCAUCCGUUACAUUCCGGCCAGAAGACUCCAUUAUAAGCCCAAAUAAUUUGGAUGAAGUUGCACAAGCUAAGGAUGUAAAGGAAGAUGAGCCUAUCCCGGAGGAGGAAAAUCCAUUUGUUCUCCCACUAGGUUCCUUCGAAUCUCUUCUUUCAAAGCCGACGCCAGUGAGCUCCAUUCCUACUGUGGCAGAGCUUCAUUACAUCGCAUCCACCAGAAAGAGACCUCCUGAGGUUCAUGAUGCCAGUACUAACACAGAAAGUGCUGCUAAGCCCUAUAAAGAUGCAGGAACUGAAUGCAAUGAGUUGCCGUGCGAGUUUCCCAACAGUCCAACAGCUGCUUCCAAUUCUGCCGCAGGCUCUCGGCUUCCUGUUAUUGACCCUCCUAUAGAAGUGCCUCCACCUUCAGAUGUCUUGAUGCAGUUGCCCCCUGAAUUGUUCCUGAAUCUUCAGUUCCCCCUGGAGAAGCUGGACGAGAGGAUUCCUUUACGGCAAACCUCAGAUGUGCCACCCACCUGUGUUGGGCACCAUUAUAUAAGUGUCACUGAUCUGGAGGGAGACGAUUUCCCCGAUGAUUUUUCAGAAGAGACAAGACGUGGAGCUGCUCCUGCAGAGAAGGUCGUUCACAUUGUUGACUCUACUCCUUCAGAAGCACCUUUGGGCCCCGUACAAAUAAGAGACCAUGUUCGUGAGAACCGACAGGAGCAGAGACUGGGAGACCAGGUUAUCCGCGUGGCCGACCCCGUAACAUACGAGAUGUUGUCUAAUAAAGCUGCUCCCUAUGAAAAGUUUGUUCGGAGACCAUGGACGAGUGGAACUGUACAGCACCAGGCUCUCUCCAGGCUCCAGGAGAUGGAUGCCCAGUUAGCAGCUUUGCAAGAAAUGGCCAAUGGCAUGGAGAGGGAUUUUGCCAAUACUGCGUUGUUGGUGAAAACAAUAGAAACCCUGGCAGAUGCCAGCGAGCCCAAUCCAGACAUUGCUGUCCAUUCUUCUAGAAGAGCUGAUAUGAAAGCACAUGCUCCUCGCAUGGAAAUAGAGAAAAUCAGAGAGGAGGAAGAGUUGACAUUGACAGACAUUGCCGGCGUUGAUUCAUUUGCUCGUCCCCCUGUCGUCUGUAUUUCUUGGGAAGAUUUGCCCUACGAGGCCCGGCCCUCCACUGGGCCGGCAGAGAACAGGAGGGUGGAUAAAAGUAGCGCCGGUCAAGACGACCUCCUGCACGUGACGGGGUUAAGUGAUAUUGCAGAUAUACUAAAUGAUCUUAUGAAAGGAGGCGUUUCUGCUUCAGAACUUGGACUGACAGAGACCCAGACCUCCUCCCUCUCCAGGGUAAGAGCUCGCAGUGCAUCGUCAAUGCCCGGAUCUAAAAGGACAGAGAAGGAGAGGCUGGAGCUGCAGAACUGGAUGAAGAAAAAGCAGAGAGAGAGACUGUCUGAGCAUAAGAGACAGCUGGAAGAACUGAGAGCGAUGGAGCACAAGCCGUACCAGUCAACUCAAGAUGCAAACACGUCAGUCUCAUCAAGAACAAUCCAGCGGCACCAGAGGCUGAAAGAAGAGAGAGAUAAAUCUCUGCUGUCUGAGCAUCAUGAUCACCGAGUGUCGGAGGCUUUGGGUCUCAUGCAGGAGAUGCUGUCGGAAGCCAAGCACGUCCCGGCCAUACAUCCAAGAUCCAACCCUUCAGCCUCCAAAUGGCAAACGCAACUCUUGUCUCCUAGAGGACCUUCAGCUGCAACACGGAGCUCACCUGCAAGUCACACGGCCAGACACAGACCCCUCUCCAAGACUGUUGCUCCGAGGCAAAGGCCCAUGUCGACUCCAUCUCGUCUUCAGUCAAGAGGAACAGCAACGUUUGUAAAGCAGAGAAGCACCUCGGAUCCCAAGAGCAGAGCUAGAAGUGCUCCCAGCUAUCCUGUUCAUUUCAAAUUUGAUAAGGCUUUACCUGGAGAUCGCUUGUCCCAAGUCACACGCAGAGGGCUACUGACUGCCAAGAACAAGCCACGUGUACAAGGUGGCACCACAACUGUCGCAAGGCAUCCUGGGUCAGCACAAGAGAGAAGAGGCGGCAGCAGCUUCCAGACGAGGAGGAACCAGACUGAAGAUGAAGAUCUGGAAUUAGAAAUGGAGAGGGACUUGGUGAGUCCUUGGGAAAUUCCUGAAGAAAUCCGCAACAUAUUAAAGAGAUCCACCACCUUCUCUCAGGGAUCACUGAAUGGAGACGGCAGCUCCCGAAAUGUUUCCAAAGUGGACGGUUUAUCGGAGAGUACAAGCAGUUUACUCAGCAAGCUGGACUGGAACGCUAUAGAGGAUAUGGUGGCCGGUGUUGAUGAAACAUGAGCAGGAAUCUCUGAAUACCAAGAAACAUGGCUGCCGGCAGUGGGCCCCCACCAGUGUGCCUUAGGGUUAGAUUUGAUCUCUGUCAUCCAUCUUGUUCUUUAUGUUCCACACUGGGUCUUUCCAAGGACUCAAUUGUUCCAUCAGUUCAUUAUUUGUAUAGUUAAAGCCUUAUUUUUCUACGAGUUUGUGUUUUAAAAUAUUUAUUUUUGUUAUUUGGCCUUCGUAUGAUCUUGAUAUUUAUCAUGUAAAUAUUUCACUAAAUGGGUUUCCAGUUUAAUAAAAUAUCAAUGCAA